AUGUGUGGUACAUUAAAGUACACGGCACCUGAAAUUAUUAUUGGCAAGGGCCAUGAUAAGGCUGCUGAUUGGUGGAGCGUAGGUGUCUUACUGUUUGAGAUGCUCACGGGGAAGAAACUGGCUGGCCAUCUUCUGGUGGAGCAAAUGAACCCGAUGCUACUGCAGAAAAUGCUAAGACCUACAAUAAGAGGAAUGGACCUAUAUCAAAAAAGAAAUUGGGGCAUUGUGUUUACUAAUGGAAGUGCUGCUUAUCCUUUGAGCUAUGGUGGUGCUACUGUUCAGAUAACUGGAACUGGAAACUCAUCGGGAGUAUUUUGUGUCGCUAAAGAUGGUGCAUACAAGAUAACCGAAGAACUUGUGAAUUCCAUCGUGAUAGCAUUGAUGGCUCCACGUUACGUACACAUGAUUGAAUAUCCCACUGCUUUGCAAUUGAUCAGAAACGAUAUGGAGAGGCAAAGCUUCUAUGAGCUUACUGGAGAUCUUGCUGAAAUUCGUGGAAAUCUCUUUCAGUUGCACUGGAUUGCUACCCUGCGCCAUGAUGAACUUGGUCAGUUCUGUUGCUAUCUCUUUUACCUUGGGAAAAUUCGGACCAUUCAGUUGGAGUAUACUGAUGCAAAGGAGUCUCUCCUACAGGCUGCUCGUAAAGCACCAGUUGUAGUACAGAGUUUUCGAAUUCAGUGUAACAAGUGGGCCAUUAUAGUGCGUUUAUUUUUGGGAGAAAUUCCUGAGAGGACUAUCUUUGUGCAGAAAGGAAUGGAGAAAGCUUUGAGGCCUUACUUUGAGCUUUUACCAAUGCUGAGGAUGUGA